CCAUCACCACAAGAGAAAAUGAAGAGGAUCUCAAGUUGUGUGUCUUCUUUUGCAAUUCAAAUUAUUCUUGUAGCUUCUAUUUCUGUUCCCUUCACACUAUCCCAACCAUCUUUCCAUGGGGAUGGUGACUUGGUAGACCAAAUAUGCAGAAAAACACCCUUUUACGACCUCUGCAGCUCCAUCCUCCACUCAAACCCACUGAGUCCAAAACCUGAUCUCAAAGCGGUGGCCCUCUUGAUGGUGAACAACAUUGUGGCAAAUGCAACUGAUACACUGAGUUACAUCGAGGGCCUCAUCAAGCAGACCGGAGACCGUGAGUUGGAGCAAGCCUUGGCCUUCUGUGCCGAGUCAUAUAUCCCUCUUAUCAAAUACAUUCUCCCACAAGCUGCUGAUGCUAUAAGCCAAGGCCGUUUUGCCUUUGCCAGUUACUGCAUUUCUGAUGCUCUCAAAGAAGUGAGUAGCUGCGACAAGAAAUUCUCUGCCACAACUCAGGCACCCUUGGGGGACAGAAACAACAUCGUCCAGAAGCUUGUGGAUGUGGCCUCCGCUAUAAUCAAACUGCUGCUAAAGGGUUGA